AUGGCAGGCUUAAAAACAUUUCUCGGACUUUUAAUCUUUGUCAUCGCCACUCGGACUAAAGUCGAUGCCUUCUGUUUUCGAACAUAUGGAACGUGGAUUAGUCGUUACCAUUACCAUACCAGCGAGUCCCAAGUUAAUCAAGGGUUUCAAGCUCUGAAAAAUGCUGGCAUCACGAGAGUGUAUGUAAACAUAUGGGCUGAUGGAUAUAUAUAUGCCAAAAGUUCUACAGCAACAGCAAAUGGAGCAGUAUUCAUUAGAGACACAUUGCAGUGGGCAGUAAAUGCUGGAAGACUAUACGGUUUAGAGGUGUUUGCGUGGUUUGAAUAUGGUACUCAAGCUCAUUUUGGAACUUCUCCUACAACUAGAUUUGCUUCUUCUUGCAAUGCCAAAGGAUGGCUUUUAAAAACUGGAAAUGGUGGGUACACGUCGCAUGCUGGUGGAAAUUAUGUAUAUUGUGACGCAACUAACGCUGCCGUUCGAAAAUUUUACGCAGACAUGACGGCAGAUCUGGUCAGAAACUACGCAAUAAAUGGUAUUCAAUAUGAUGAUCAUAUGAGUUUACCAAGUGGAUUUGCCCACGUUGACGCGCUUUCUCACUCACAACGUUAUAGGGUAAUGGAGGACUUUAUGACACAAAUUAAAAAUAGUGUAAAAGCUGCAAGAAGAAAUGCAAUCGUAUCCUACUCGCCGUCUACUAUUGAAUUUUCACAAUCUCACCAUAAUGUGGACUGGGAAAAUUAUCUACAGCAUGGCGUCGUGGAUGAGAUAGUGCCACAGUAUUACCGUUCAUCGUCCAACGACUACAAAAUCAUCAUCAACCGAGAUAUUCCACUACUUCAUGGGCACCAAACGUCAUUGAUCGGGGGAAUUCGACUCUCGGGAUCAGGGCCACGGACACCAGCUGGAGAGGUUCAGAAGAUGAUUGAUUUAUCGUAUGCUAGUAAGUUUAAAGGAGUAUCUUUCUGGUUUGGUGAUGAUAUUAUUACUGGUGUAUAUAAACCACCUAUACUUAACAAAUGUUGAU